GGCAAUACACCAGACGCCAGAAGAAGCCCAGGAGCAACAGAACAGCUAGAGCCAUUUGCCAAAAGCUAUAUAGCUACUCCAGCUAUCACAAGUCACUUGUUGCAGACUGAAAUUCACAAGUACAGGCCUAAAAACAGCAGUUAGCAUCCUACACAACCAGAAGCAUUCCGGUUACUUAACAUAGACUGAGGUUUACAUGAAACUGUUUGCC